CCUCCAACCGUUCAACGACAGCCAACCAAAGUACGCCUUGACCCACUUUUUAUCGCGUUUGUCGAAUUGAAACUGAGAGAGGACCUGGGAGCCAGAGAGAGCUUGGCAGAGCAGUCGCGCAGAAUCCAGAUGUCGCUAGCUAUAACAGGCUAGCGUUUCUUCCUAAGGAG